CCAGUGCCGCGGGGCACUGACCAUUAACGGCCCAUGAGGGCAGCGCGGGGGUGAGGAGACCCGGCCUGGGCGGCCGGUCGCAUAGGGGCUGCCGCCGCCGCGCCCCUCCCGCUAACGCGGGGCUUCCGUCAUGCAGAAGAUGUUGAUGUACUUCUGGGGCUUCCUGUACAACAACUACUUUCGGUUCUGGCUGAAGUGGCUCCUGAGGCUGCUGACUCAGAAAUGCGAACUGCAGCGGGUCUUAGAGGGCUCGAAGGCGGGUGCGCGGCGGACGCUGAGCAUAGAACAUUCACUGGAAUCAUCGAAGAAUAAGAUUUUGAGAAAUGCUGUGCAUAUUGAGGAAGCUGAAGUGGAGAAGUGUGUCAGAGAUUUAAUGAAAGAAAAGAAAAUCAAACAGAAGGAUACAGGGUUUAAGACAGAUCUGCGUAUAUCCUUACUGCAGAUAACAGGUUAUAAAAAACUUUAUUUGAAUGUGGAAGAUCUGAGGAAGAUCCCAUAUGAUUCGGAUAAUGAAGAGCAUGAAGACCAGUUAAUUGAGCUUUGGAAUUUGCUGAUGCCUCAUGAGAAUCUGAAGGCCAGAAUCACCAAGCAGUGGUGUGACAUUGGCUUCCAAGGUGAUGACCCCAAAACAGACUUCAGAGGAAUGGGACUGCUGGGGUUAAUGAAUCUGGUGUAUUUCAGUAAGCAUUACACGGAUGAAGCUCGUCAGAUCCUUUCUCAUUCACAUCACCCAAAGCUGGGAUAUUCUUAUGCAAUAGUUGGAAUCAACCUGACAGAAAUGGCAUACAGCUUACUUAAGAAUGGUGCUUUAAAGUCUCAUCUGUACAACAUGGUCUUUGGAUUGCCGCAGAUGGAACACUUCCAUCAAUUUUACUGUUACCUGGUUUAUGAGUUUGACAAGUUCUGGUUUGAAGAAGAACCAGAAAGCAUUAUGCACUUCAACCACUACAGAGAGAAAUUCCAUGAAAAAAUUAAGGGACUUCUCCUGGAUUGUAACGUGAUACUGACCUUAGGAGAUACAAAGAAACCUUAACUCCUCUGCAGUCUGUGAGGUUCUGCAUCAAGAAUGGAGUUAUGCAUUUGGAUAAAAGUCUUGCAUGUUCCACCAAAAACUGUUUAAUAAUAGAACCCUUUUUCUGUCUUUUUUUUUUCUUUACAUCUAAGAAAAUAAUCAAAAGUGAGUUCAGAAAGCUUGGACAAUCAGCCUCUGUUUACAGGUCUUUAUAUGCUAUUCUCCAAAGGACAGCUUUUUUUAAAAAAAACAAAAUGCAGAACAAAAACCAACCAACAAGCCAAGACAAGAAAUAAUCCUCUAAUCUCAAGAGCCUCUGGAACAUUUGCUUUCACAAUUUCUAUUAUACUUGGUGCAGGGACAUGAAGCAGGUAUUUAUGCUGCAUCAUGUUUUCCAUUAACAAAUUUGACUGUUAAAUUGUCUUUUAAAAACUUCUUUUAGUUUAAAUUACUCUGGUUUUAGACUUUGUUUUCUAGUUCCUAAAUGUAGUUGAUGGUUCACUCAUCAAUGUUAAAUUUCUCUGUAAAGAAGAUGUCCAUGAAGGGGAUGUUUUAGUCACUUAUGAUUUUGGAGACAGCCUUAAUCUGUCAGCAUACUGACAUACUUAGGAGAAAUUACUUCUGGCUAAGGAAGUUUUCUUAUCUAUGGCUUUAUACCAGGAAAUUCCUAUGCUUGGAAAAAGCUUAGUUUGGAAACAAACAAAAAGAGCCACAAAUCAUCAGUGUGAGGAUCAAAUCCUCCUACUAAAGCUACUCCUUCUAAAAAUAUUCCUGCUGUAAAACAUUUCAAUUCUUUCUAACUUGACUUCAGCUGCUCAGGCUGCUUGACUCCCCAUCUGUUGUCAGCUCUUCCUUUAGCAGCUAAUGGGGUCUUCUCAGUGGGAAGUACAAGAGUUAGUUUAGCCCUUUUAUAUAUUUCACUCAUUAAAAACCUUUGUUGCAGCUGCAGUCCCUAUUUUGUGAGAAUAAACUCACAUGAAGUACAAGUCUCUAACAAAGCUGUCUUUUCCAUGGAAGGGAUGCAACUGUUGCAUGUUUCUUAAUCUUGGCAUCCUCAGACAAUCUAGUCAAUAGGACUUCAUAUCUAUAGUGUGACUAAUAAUUGCUUAAAGCAACUAUAAACACAUUUGGUAUGAUCAUUGCUUCAUUUUUUAAAAACCUACUAUUAAAUAUAAGUGCCUUCUGCUUUAUUCAAUCAGUGUUUUAUUUCGAUUCUGUAACCAGAUCGUAGCCUUAGAAACUUGAUUUAUUUGGGAAAGACUCUGAGUAUAUACCUAAAUAGCACACAGUGGCACAAAAUAUUUGUAUGCUAAUAUGAGCUUUCAUGCCUUUGUUUGGUUUUUUUUUAAUCAUCUCAGGUAAAUUAGUUAACUUCUAGUCAGUGACUAAUCAUGAAGAGAUUCCUGAAGAAUAUAAAUAUUGAACACAAGGAAAAAGACAAACCCGUUUUUGUAAUGAGUAUUGUUACACUACAUAAGUAUUAAAUGUAUUGUUAUAAUAUGUAAUACUACAUCUGCUUGGAGAUAAUCAAACCCCAACUGGGCAUGGCCCUGAGCAGCCUGAUUUAGGUGACUGCUCUGGGCAGGGGGUUGGACUAGGUGAUCUCCAGAGUUGCCUUCCCACGUCUGUAAUUCAGUGAGUCUGUCAAGUAACUAAUAACUUCUUGCACUGAAUCUACCCAGUUGCUUUUGAUUCCUUAAAUGUUGGUUGUCUCUUACUUGUGGGAAGGCUCCCGAUUAGGGUAGCCAGUAUAGAUGUAGAAGGUAACACAGUUCUGUUUUCUUUUUUAGGAUACCUUCCAUAUAGAUGAGAGUUAAACAAUUCUCGAUUUUAACAUGUGCAGGGUAGAGAAGCGUUCCUCUCAUCUGUGUUGGGUUGAGGCUGUUCUACUAAAAAAAUAAAAGAUAAUGUGAA